AUGAGUGACGGCUUCUUCUCUUCGUCCCUGGAAAGCCAGGUUGCUGUCGCUGAAGCUGAGACUGAGAAAAAUGAGCAGAUUGCUGGAACUGAUGCAUUUGAAACUGCGGAAGCUGAUGCUGUGACUGAGAUUAAUGUGCAGAUUGCUGGAGCUAAGGCUGCGCCUGAGAAGAAUGAGCAGAUUGCUGCUAAAGCUGAGACCGAGAACAACGAGAAGAUUGCUGGAACUGAUGCAUUUGAAACAACUGUAGCUGAUGCUCCGAAUCAGAUUGCUGGAACUCAGGCGCAAGCUGAUGCUCCGACUCAUAACAAUGUGCAGAACCAGAUUGCUGGAGCUCAAGCUCAAGCUGAUGCUCCGACUCAUAACAAUAUGCAGAAUCAGAUUGCUGGAGCUCAGCUUUAG